AUGGCCAAAAUGGAAGGAAUCAUGUGCCUCAAAAAAGGAGGAUACGGAUUCAGCAAGCGAAACAACGGAAUCGGCAGCUUUUCGUGCACUUCCGACGGGAACAACCGUGGUGCUAUUGAAGAGGCCGCUGAUCAAGCAGAAGUUCAGAACAGUCCAGUUUCUGCGCAGCCGGAAAAGUCUUUUGAAAGCGAGGACUACGACUACCACCAGAACUACGUCGCUGAUGAAGCUAAAGUAGUUGGCGGGGGCGACAUGGACCACGAUUUCUUCUUCGGCGACGGAGCUCUUCAAAACGACCCCAACAAGCCAAUGGUCACAGACCUUGUGAAUUUCGAGAUCUCGAUCGGCGGCGAAGCUGUGGGCGACGUCUCUCUCGGCCUCUUCGGCUUCGUAGCGCCCAAAACUGCCAAGAACUUCGCCGAACUGGCCAAGAGACCAGUUGGAGAAGGAUACCUCGACUCGAUCUUUCACCGCGUCAUCGCCGGUUUCAUGGCUCAAGGAGGUGAUUUUACGCUUGGAAAUGGCAGAGGCGGCCACAGCAUCUACGGUGCCCAGUUCGACGACGAGCCCUUCACGAUCAGUCACAAAUCACGGGGAAUGCUCUCGAUGGCGAACGCGGGCCCGGACACUAAUGGAAGCCAGUUUUUCAUCACUUUCACGGGCACCCCGUUCCUCGACGGCAAACACGUCGUCUUCGGCAAACUAGUGAAAGGCCACGAAGUUCUGGACCAAAUAGAAGCGGCCGAGACCGACGCGAAAAACAACCGACCCUUCCGCGACAUCAGAAUCACCAAGUCCCAACACCAGAAACUUCUCAAUCCCUUCCCAGUUGCACUCGAAUAA